AUGGCGCACCCGGCUACGGAUACGGCGCCGGCCCCGCGCUCAGUGUCGGUGUGCCUGGCCUCGCGAGUGUCGGCGUCGGUGUGGGCAACGGCGGUGUUGGUGUCGGUGCCAACGUGCUGGGCCUCGGAGCGCACGUUGGUGUGGGCUUGCCCGGUGUCGGCUAUCCUGCGGGCUAUCCUCGCCCCCGCCUACAACAACGCUCCGGUUACUAUUGUGAAUGGCGCCCCUGCUACGACGGCUACGACUACUGGCCCCAAUGGUGCGUCCACUGCGAACGCGAACGCCAAUGCGAAUGCGAACGGCGGCAACAACCCCUACUCGACCAAGACGGUCUCCGUCACGAACGGAGACGGCACGUCGAACACGGCGUCCGUGUCGAACGGAAAUGGUGCCGCCGCGACGGGUGGUGCAUCAGCGAGUGCUACGGCCAGCGCCAGUGCGAGUGCGUCUGCUCGGGUCACGGCUGGAGUGGGGGCCACGUCGUCUCAGAAGACGUACUGCCAGCUUCGCUCGGUGGAAUGA